CUUAAGAGUCCUUGACUUCCAAGGUAGUCCCUUGUCGAUACCAUAAACAUCUUCUGUCUUCUUUGCAUUUGCCGGUUCACACUCUUAUGCUUCUUUCUUGCAGGGUUUGAGUUGAGCCUUUCUUUCAUUUUGUUUUUAACUUCAACCCCUUCAAACCCUUCCAACUUUCUCUUCUGUCAAACUGAACUAAGAUUCUAAAGAUUCUUCCUUCAAACAAUGAACUUGAAGCAAUACUGCUGUUUCCUCUCAGAUGAAGGCCAAAGCAAAUAUCAGAACAAGAACCAUAGGGAUUAUCCAUGGGAAACGUACACCUUGAAGGAGUUGCUCAGAGCCACAAACAACUUUCAUCAAGAUAAUAAGAUCGGAGAGGGUGGAUUUGGAAGUGUUUAUUUUGGUCGAACAAGUAAAGGCGUUCAGAUUGCAGUGAAGCGAUUGAAGACAAUGAGUGCUAAAGCAGAAAUGGAGUUUGCAGUGGAAGUGGAAGUAUUAGGAAGAGUGAGGCAUAAGAAUUUGUUGGGGUUGAGGGGAUUUCAUGCAGGUGGAGAUGAAAGAUUGAUUGUGUAUGAUUACAUGCCAAAUCAUAGCUUGCUCACACAUUUGCAUGGUCCACUUGCAAAGGAAUGUCAAUUAGAUUGGACAAGAAGAAUGAGCAUAGCAAUUGGAGCUGCUGAAGGUUUAUUGUAUUUGCACCAUGAGUCAACUCCUCACAUCAUACACAGAGAUAUAAAAGCGAGUAAUGUUCUUCUGGACUCUGAAUUCCAAGCCAAGGUUGCUGAUUUUGGUUUUGCAAAGCUUGUACCAGAUGGAGUGACUCAUUUGACCACAAAGGUUAAAGGCACACUGGGAUAUUUGGCACCAGAAUAUGCCAUGUGGGGAAAAGUUUCUGAGAGUUGUGAUGUUUACAGCUUUGGAAUUUUACUGUUGGAGAUUGUGAGUGCCAAGAAACCCAUUGAGAAAUUUCCUGGAGGAGUGAAAAGGGACAUUGUUCAAUGGGCCACACCAUUUGUGAACAAAGGUCUCUUCAGCAAUAUUGCAGAUCCAAAAUUGAAGGGGAAAUUUGAUUUGCAGCAGUUGAAAAAUGUGAUCACAAUAGCUCUUAGAUGCACUGAUAAUAGUGCAGAUAAGAGGCCUAACAUGAAAGAGGUGGUGGAUUGGCUCAAGAAUGGUGUAGGGAGCACUUAAGAGAAAAGAUUAAAGAAAUGGAGAUGAUGAAAAUCACAAAAAUUGUUACUAUGAUGACACUGAUAUGAAACAGUCAUAGUUAAGAAAGAAAAGUACCAAAGUGAUGAUGUGUAUAAAGUGAUAUGAUUUCUUUGUUUUUUUAUUCUGAUAUUUUAUUAUGCAUCUUUCUGUUUGAGAAAUGAGAUUUGCAUUAAUUAAAUUUGUGAAAAUUGAAGGUAUUUGAGUGACACUUU